AUGGCCUUCCAAGAACCCUUGAUAGGGAAAGCGCAGCAACUUGGCAGGUUGGACGGUAUUCUAGCGCCAAUAUACGGAAUCACGAAUGCGCAAAAAGCAACCAUUGGGCAGCGUCUGUCUGUGAUGCCAAGCAGUCUUCCAGAUCGGUCACUUUUUCCCCUGGAUAUGACCGAGCACCCCCGCACGAAGUUGAACAACGAAUUGCAGAAGAGGUAUGGUCCCUCUGCACUUGAGCAUGUCACGUGGGAGGUCUAUUCGCAAGGCCCUCCCAACGCUUUAACAUGGAAUGCGACUGUCUACAGUAAGUUGAUGAUAUCAAUCAUGGUUGCGCUGAAGCCCGCACUAGAGGUGGUGCUCAAGACCAAGCUGCGGAAAUGGCAUAUAAUCACCUGA